GGUUUAUUUAAGGAAAUGGUGCCCAACCAGGAAGUACAGGUCGUGAGGCUAGUUAAUUAUUAGUGAGACCCGUGUCGGUGUUUGGUGUUCAAAACUGUGGCCGGCUGGGCUAUUUAAUGUCACCCCAGCUCUGAGACUUUCAGCUCAGCCAUGCGCCCAGGCCUCUGGGAGAGAUGCUUCUUCUGGUUGUGGGGGCUCCUUUUGUGGUUCAGCGUUGGAAGUGCAGGAGAUACACCUCCUACCCAACAGCCAAAGUGCACUGACUUCCAAAAUGCCAACCUCCUCCGAGGCACCAAUCUCAAAGUCCAGUUCCUUCUCUUCACCCCUUCGGAUCCCAGCUGUGGGAAGCUAGUUGAAGAAAGUAGUGACCUCCAAAACUCUGGGUUCAAUGUCACUCUGGGAACCAAACUAAUUAUCCAUGGAUUCAGGGCUUUAGGAACAAAGCCUUCCUGGAUUGAGAAGUUCAUCAGUGCCCUUCUGAGAGCAGCAGACACUAAUAUCAUUGCUGUGGACUGGGUGUACGGCUCUACAGCUGCCUACUUCUCAGCUGUGGAAAAUGUGGUUAAGCUGGGACUUGAGAUCUCCCGUUUCCUCAAUAAACUCCUGGAGCUGGGUGUUUCGGAAUCCUCCAUCCACAUCAUUGGUGUGAGCCUGGGGGCCCAUGUUGGGGGCAUGGUGGGACAUUUCUACAAAGGCCAGCUGGGACGGAUCACAGGCCUGGACCCUGCUGGACCGGAGUACACCAGAGCCAGCCUGGAGGAGCGCCUGGACGCUGGAGAUGCCCUGUUCGUGGAAGCCAUCCACACAGACACCGACAAUUUGGGUAUUCGGAUUCCUGUCGGACAUGUGGACUACUUCGUCAAUGGAGGCCAAGACCAACCUGGGUGUCCCACCUUCAUUCAUGCAGGCUACAGUUACUUAAUCUGUGAUCACAUGAGGGCUGUAUACCUCUACAUCAGCGCCCUGGAAAAUUCCUGUCCUUUGGUGGCCUUUCCCUGUGCCAGCUACAAGGCCUUCCUGGCUGGACACUGUUUGGAUUGUUUUAACCCUUUUCUGCUUUCCUGCCCAAGGAUUGGGCUGGUGGAACAAGGUGGUGUCAAGAUAGAGCCACUUCCCAAGGAAGUGAGAGUCUACCUCUUAACUACUUCCAGGGCUCCAUACUGUGUGCAUCAUAGCCUUGUGGAGUUUCACUUGCAGGAGGCAAGAAACAAGGACACCAACAUCGUGGUCACUUUCUUUAGCAGCAACGUCACCUCCUCAGCUCAGAUCACCAUACCUAGACAGCAACUGCGGGGGAGAGGAGUCCUAGCGCAUCCCAACCCUCAGUGCCAGAUACACCAAGUGAAUCUCAAGUUUCAAGCUUCUCACUGGGGUUGGAGAACUGAUCGAUCUCCCAUUGUUGGGAAGUUCUGCACCGCUCCUUUGCCCGUCAAUGACAAUAAAAGGACAGUCUGCUUACCUGAGCCAGUGAACAUACAACCAGGUGUGACUGUUUGUCGUGACCUGAAAACUACAUGUGUAUAGUACAAGCCUGGGCAGGACACAGAGGCCCUGGAUUUUGGAGGA